AUGGUGUCUUCAAGUGCCUUUUUGUUUCCAGGCCUCUAUCGUUUUCUCUGCCUCUUCUUGGGCUUCUUCUGCAGCCUGCCAUUACUAGGCAUCUGCGAUGAAUCAGAGAGCGACAGGCAAGCCCUCCUCUGCUUCAAGUCCGGGAUCUCGGCACCCACCGGAGUUCUAGCUUCAUGGAGCAACGCGUCCAUGGAAUUCUGUGACUGGCAUGGGAUCACCUGCAGCGUGACACCAUCCAGGCGUGUCGUUGCGCUGGACCUUGAAUCCCAAGGCAUCUCGGGCUCCAUAGCGCCUUGCAUCGCCAACCUCACUUGGCUGGCAAGGCUCCAGCUGUCUAACAACAGCUUCAGUGGUGGCCUGCCGUCGGAGCUUGGCCUCCUGAGCCGGCUCACCAACCUCAACCUCAGCAUCAACGCUUUGGAAGGUAACAUCCCGCCUGAACUCUCUGCGUGUUCCCAGCUCCAAAUCGUGGGCUUGUGGAAUAAUUCCUUCCGUGGAGAGAUCCCACCUACCCUUAGCCAAUGCAAGCACCUUCAAGAGAUUGACCUUAGCAACAACAAGCUCCAAGGAAGCAUCCCUCCCGCUUUCGGAGACCUUCCUGCACUGUGCAUACUAGUUCUCGCCAAAAACAUGCUUACCGGCACCAUACCACCGUCUUUCGGCAGUAGCUGUCAUCUCACAUACGUCGAUCUCGGGAUCAAUGGUCUCGGAGGGGUAAUCCCGGAGUCCUUGGCAAAUAGCUCAUCCCUUCAAGUACUUAGGCUUAUGAGCAAUAGUCUUACUGGAGAACUCCCAAAGGAUCUUCUCAACACUUUGUCACUUGGUACCAUUAGCCUCGAAGAUAACAGUUUUGUUGGUUCAAUACCCUCUAUUACUGUCACAUCUUCCCCUAUUAAGCAUCUUGAUUUAGGGAAUAACAAUCUUUCAGGAAGAAUACCUUCCUCAGUAGGGAACCUUUCCUCCCUAGUUUAUCUUCGUCUUACAAACAAUCAUUUAGUUGGGAGCAUCCCGGAGAGCUUAGGUUAUAUUCCAACACUAGAGACAUUGACCUUGCAUAUAAACAACUUAUCUGGGCCGGUUCCACCGUGUAUCUUCAACAUGUCAUCUCUGAGAAGUCUCGCCAUAGCAAAUAACACACUUGUCGGAAGAUUACCCUUCGACAUCGGCUACACGCUCCCCAAUAUCCAGAACCUACUACUCUCACAAAAUAGUUUUGAUGGACCAAUCCCAGCCUCACUUCUCAAAGCUUACCACCUACGCUGGCUUUACCUGAAUGGUAAUAGCUUUACUGGAUCCAUACCAUUUUUCGGCUCAUUGCCAAAUUUGGAGGAACUCGAUUUGGGACACAACAAGCUAGAAGCAGAUGACUGGGGCUUUGUCUCUUCACUAUCUAAUUGCUCCGGGUUGACCAUGCUGGCCCUGGAUGGGAACAAUCUCAAAGGGAAAUUGCCAAGUUCUAUCGGCAACCUUUCGAACAGUCUCGAGUGUCUGUACCUAAGUAGUAACCAAAUUUCUGGACCUAUACCACCAGAGAUUGGCAAUCUUAAGAGCCUCAGUAGCUUGUACAUGAAUUACAAUCUUCUCACCGGUAAUAUACCACCAACAAUUGGGAAAUUGCAGAACUUGGUCUAUCUAUCCUUUGCGCAAAACAGGCUUUCAAGUCAGAUUCCAGAUACUUUUAGCAAUUUUGUCCAGCUGAGUAUGCUGGAAAUGGAUCAUAACAACUUUAGUGGAAGAAUACCUGCAAGUAUAGCACAGUGCACUCAACUGACCACACUCAACCUUGCUCACAACUCACUAGAUGGGCAUAUACCAAGAGAAAUCUUCAAACUCUCUACGCUUUCUGAAGAGUUGGACUUGUCAGACAACAACUUGUCUGGAGGAAUGCCAGAUGAAGUUGGCAAUCUCAUUCAUCUGCAGAAAAUCAACAUGUCAAAUAACAGGUUGUCUGGUAACAUCCCAUCAACUCUCAGCCAGUGUGUUGUUCUGGAGUAUCUUGGGAUGCAAAGCAACUUGUUUGCAGGAAGCAUUCCACAAUCAUUUGCCAACUUAGUCAGCAUAAAACAGAUGGAUGUUUCUAGGAACAAUUUGUCUGGAAAAAUUCCAGAGUUCCUCAAAUCCAUGAAAUCACUGCAAGACCUCAAUUUAUCCUUCAACCAUUUUGAUGGAGCAGUUCCAACAGGCGGUGUUUUUGACAUCGCUGGUGCAGUGUCAAUCGAAGGAAAUUAUCAUCUGUGUACAAGCAUUCCAACAAGAGGUAUGUCUCUUUGUUCAGCAGUGGUUGACAGGAAAAGAAAGCAGAAGCUACUGCUUCUAGUUCUACUGCUAACUGUUGUUGCCACUGCAAUCCUUUUCUCAUUAAUUGCAACAAUUUGUUUGAGGAAAAGGAUGAAAACCAAUCCCCAUUUGCAACAUGAUAAUGAGCAGAUAAAGAUAGAGAAGAUAGCAUAUGAAAAGGUAUCAUAUAAAGACUUGGUAAGGGCAACUGAUAGAUUUUCUUCAGCAAACUUAAUUGGUUCUGGAUCAUUUGGAAGGGUUUAUAAGGGCAGUCUGCAGUUUCAAGAAGAUCAAGUUGCCAUCAAGAUUUUUGAUCUUGACAUUAAUGGGGCACAUCGGAGCUUCAUAGCAGAGUGUGAAGCCCUAAGAAAUGUUCGCCAUCGGAAUCUUGUAAAAAUCAUUACCUUAUGCUCUUCAGUGGAUCAUACUGGGGCAGAUUUCAAGGCCCUAGUGUUCCCAUACAUGCCAAAUGGGAACCUAGAAAUGUGGCUACAUCUAAAAGACCCUGAAAAUGGUGAAAGGAGUAUUCUGACUUUAAGCCAAAGGACUAACAUAGCCUUGGAUGUAGCACUUGCUUUGGAUUAUCUUCACAACCAAUGUGCACCUCCAGUUAUACAUUGCGACUUGAAGCCAACCAAUAUUCUUUUGGGUCUUGACAUGGUUGCGUACGUCAUUGACUUUGGCCUAGCAAGAUUCUUGUUCAGGACAGAAAAUGCACAUCAAGAUAGUUCAGCAACUUUGAGCCGCUUAAAAGGAACCAUAGGAUACAUCCCACCAGAGUAUGGAAUGAGCGAAGAGAUAUCAACCAAGGGUGAUGUCUAUAGUUUCGGGGUGCUUCUGUUGCAACUGAUAACAGGGUGCAGUCCAACUGAAGAAAAAUUUAAUGAUGGUAUAAGCCUUCAUGAAUUUGUUGAUAGAGCAUUUACAAAGAAUAUUCACGAGGUUGUUGACCCCACAAUGCUACAUGAUAACAGCAGUGCAACUGACAUGAUGAAGAAUUGCGUUAUUCCACUUUUAAGAAUAGGCCUCUCUUGCUCCAUGAAAUCAGCCAAAGAGCGGCCAGAUAUGAGACGAGUUUCUACCGAGAUCCUUAGAAUAAAGCACAUGGCCUCAUACACAUGCAUGUCAGAUGAAGCAAAGAAUUGGCAGGAAAGUAGCUAG